UCUCAUUCCAUUGCCCCGACAGAUCUAGAGCAUCCCAAAUCCUUUCGUUUCUUGCAUCAUGUUGGUUUCCUACACUGCCGUCUCCCAGCAACAGAGGCCGACGGUGCCGGCCAAGUCUAUCUCGUCCGUCUCGCCUCCAACCUUUAACCUGGACACUAUCCACCACAUCGAGGAAGCCCAUAUCGUCCACCUGGCGCGACAGGUCGAGGUCAGCAUGGAUCUGUUCCCCAAUGAGAAUAUGGCCGUCUACCGGGUGGUCGGCGGUGGCGUCUCGGCCGUCACCAUCCCCUUCCUGGGUCAACAAAUCAACCGCACCCUGGGGCUGGGUAUGAAGGGUCCCGUCCGCGACUACGACAUCAAACAGCUGGAGAACCUCAACCGGGCGGCCAACCUCUCCUCGUCCGUCCUGCUCUGCCCCUACGCCGACCCUAGUGCUCUCCAAGCCCUCGCCGUCUGCGGCUACGGGGUCGACAGCUUCCUCAACAUCUACGCCCGCUCGCUCGCCGAGCUCCCCGUUGCCCGGGACCCCCGGUCCGACAUGUCCCAGCCCUGGGACUUCAUGUACAGCCCGGACACCUGCGUGUCUAGGGCCCCCGCCACCGAGGCCGGCAUGGCGGCCUUCAUCCACAACUCCGUCGCCGGCUUCAAGGAUGGCGGCCGUCCCGUUCCGUUCCUGCGCACUCUGGCUGAGAUGGCCGCCCUGCGCGCCGACACGGUGCUCUACCUGGCCCGCAUCGACGGGGAGAUCGCCGGGUGUGGUGCCCUUGCCUUCAUGGAAACCGAGUACGGUCGCGUGGCCCAUAUCUACAUCGACAGCACGGCGCCCGCGUUCCGGGGCCGCGGUGUGCAGCGCGCCCUAAUCCGGGCCCGGAUAGUCGACGCCAAGCGGAUGGGCUACGACUUCAUCACCAUCCACGCCAGCCCCGGUGUGGGGACAGGUCGGAACGCCGAGAAGGAAGGGUUCCGGCUGGCCUAUACGAAGCCCAUCUUCACGAAGCGAGAGACCCAAAAGCUGUGAAAUGGUUUCUAGCAAUUUUCUUUUUUUUUUCCCUUGCGAUUUGCGAUUUGAUUGUUGAUUUUCAACUCGUCUAUUGAUACCUAUUUCCUUUCUUUCUUUUAUUAUCCCCGGUUCAUUUCUGGUUCUUUGUUCAGCCAGCCUGGCGAGAUUUGAUUCACUACCGAUCAAAACCGGCGUUUUCUGCUUUCAACUGGUUUUGAUGGUUUUCCUGUAUAUAAAUUUUGGCGUCCUGGCAUCCGAG